GUCUCCCUGACCCGCAUCCUGCGCUCCGCACGCCUCAGAUGGAAAUGAGAUGCAAAUACGUGAUUUCCAACUUCAAGCCUUUAGGAAACGGCCUCUGUCGGACCAGCAGCUGUUCUACACGCGCCAGUUGUUUCUCUCUGUAGUUAAUUUUACCACAAACACCUCGGCGCGUGCCAUCCCGGUACAUCGUGUGUUUGACUCAGGAUUCAGGCCAAGUCCCGACGGAGUGCUGGCAGCUGCUGGUUUUUCUGGGAACACAGCGCUGGUGAUAACAGAACUCACCUUCUGCACGACCCCGGCAGCAGCUCCCCUGUCACUGUGGCUGUGACCUGGGAACAGGAGCCUGGAAUCUCGCUCGUUACAUUUAAAAGCCCCAAUCCCCGCUGAGCUGCUGGAGUGGUUGUCAGUUAUUUACAUCCCCAGCUGACAGGUUUCUGUACAGUUUAAUUCAGUUUUUUAGCAAAAUGAAGAAGUGGAUGGACAUGUCAAACCUGCCCCAGGAAUUCCGAGAGCGAGUUGAGAGACUGGAGAGAAAUUUUGAAGUGUCAACUGUGAUUUUCAAAAAGUUUGAACCAAUAUUUUUUGAUAUAUUUCAAAACCCUUAUGAAGAAACUUCCAAACUGCAUCGAAGCAGGAAGCAAAGGCGGGUGCCAUGUAGUGUCAAAGAUCUCUUCAACUUCUGCUGGACUCUUUUUGUGUACACUAAGGGUAAUUUCCAUAUGAUUGGAGAUGAUUUAGUAAAUUCCUAUCAUUUACUUCUGUGCUGCUUGGACCUGGUUUUUGCCAAUGCCCUUCUGUGUCCAAACAGAAGAGAUUUGCUAAAUCCAUCAUUUAAAGGCUUACCAGUGGAAUUCCACACUCUGGAGAUCAAAGCCUCUGAGGAUCCUCCCUGCAUCGUGGCCAUGCUCUGCGAGCUGCAUGACGGGCUCCUCGUGGAAGCGAAAGGCAUAAAGGAGCACUACUUCAAACCAUACAUUGCAAAGCUGUUUGAUAGGAAGAUCUUAAAAGGAGAUUGUCUGUUGGAUCUUUGCAACUUUACAGAAAAUAACAAAGCACUGAAUAAAGAGUAUGAAGAGUAUGUUCUGACCGUGGGUGACUUUGAUGAGAGAGUUUUCCUGGGAGCUGAUGCUGAAGAAGAAAUUGGUACUCGAAAAUUCCCUGCAGAUGUACCAGGAGAGAAAACGGCAGCAAGAGCUCACAUGGAGUGUCAUCUGCAGCAGCAUUUUGAAAAGAAAAGGUCAUUUGCACCUUCAACUCCACUGACUGGCAGAAGAUACCUGCGAGAAAAGGAAGCUGCCAUCACUCCUGUGGCUUCGGCCACACAGAGCGUGAGCCGUUUGCAGAGCAUGGUGGCUGGGCUGAAAAAUGCACCGAGUGAACAACUUACAGCUAUUUUUGAGUCUUGUGCCCAUAGUCCCUUGGAAAGCAUUAUGAGCAGAGUGAAGGAAAUUGGUGAGACCUUCUGUUGCUGCUACACUCAGUCAACGGAUGAGCAGCCAGGAUCUCACAUAGAUUUUGCUGUAAACAGAUUAAAACUGGCAGAGAUCUUGUACUAUAAAAUCUUGGAGACUAUAAUGGUGCAAGAAACACGGAGACUGCAUGGGAAGGAUCUGACUGCUCUCCUGGAACAGGAUCUCUUUCACCGCUCCCUCCUGGCAUGCUGCUUGGAGAUUGUGCUCUUCGCUUACAGCUCCCCUCGCACCUUCCCCUGGAUCAUUGAAGUGCUUGACCUCAGGCCAUUCUAUUUCUAUAAGGUUAUAGAAGUGCUGAUUCGGUCUGAGGAAGGACUUUCCAGAGACAUGGUGAAGCACCUCAAUAGCAUUGAGGAACAGAUUCUGGAGAGUCUGGCCUGGACUCGGAACUCGGCACUCUGGAAUGCACUUGAGGCCUCAGAUAACAAAGUCCCAACCUGUGAAGAAGUAAUAUUUCCCAGUAAUUUUGAGGCCAGCAAUGGAGGAAGUGGGUUUGGACACUUGCCCAUGAUGCCAUUAUCUCCCAUAAUUCAUCCUCGAGUGAAAGAGGUUCGGACAGAUCUUGGUGGGAGUUUAAGACGAGACAUGCAGCCAUUGUCUCCAAUCUCCGUUCAUGAGCGCUACAGUUCUCCUACCGCUGGAAGUGCUAAGAGAAGGCUCUUUGGAGAAGACAGCCCCAAAGAAAUGCAGAUGGAAAAAGUCUUAGCAAAAGGAACUAAGCUGACAAUUGCUCCAGCGUCAAGCAUUGGUGCUGAAAACACGUCAGCGUCUCCUGCCCAGACAGUGCUAACCAUGACAACCACUACAGGAAAAGCAGGACAGAAGGUCACUAUACCACUGCACGGUAUUGCAAAUGACAUGGGUGGAAUCACCUUGAUCCCCAUUUCGAUUAAUUUAGGCCAGCCGUGUAAAGUGGAUGUGCAGGCUCCCUGCCACCCUCCUGGGAACCAAGCACAAGAAGUGCAGCUGCCAGCAGCCAGCAAACCCAAGAGAACAGGCUCCUUGGCACUGUUCUACAGGAAGGUGUAUCAUCUGGCAAGUGUGCGCUUGCGUGAUCUGUGCUUAAAACUGGACGUUUCCAAUGACUUGCGCAGGAAGAUCUGGACAUGUUUUGAAUUCACGUUGGUUCAUUGUGCUGAUCUUAUGAAAGACAGACAUUUGGACCAGCUCCUUCUCUGUGCUUUUUACAUUAUGGCCAAGGUAACCAAAGAGGAAAGAACUUUUCAGGACAUAAUGAAAAGUUAUAGAAAUCAGCCACAAGCAAACAGCCAUGUUUAUAGGAGUGUCUUGUUGAGAAAUACUUCUGAUGAUGUCCCAUUGGACAAAAAUGCAAACCCAGAUAUGGAGAUGACAGAAGACUCAUCUGUGAAAGCUGGCGGCUCCUCGGGACAAUCUGCAGCGGAGAACUCGAGUGAGUCAGAAACAGAGGAGAGAGGAGAUCUUAUUAAAUUUUACAAUGCAGUCUACGUAGGAAGAGUAAAAUCAUUUGCACUGAAGUACGAUGUCACAAACCAGGAUCACGUGAUGGAAGCGCCCCCACUGUCGCCGUUCCCCAGCAUCCGGCAGCAGCCGGUGUCUCCCCGGCGCAUCUCCCAGCAGCACUCCGUGUACGUGUCGCCUCACAAGAAUGGCACCUGCCUCACACCUCGAACUGCUCUGCUCUACAAGUUCAAUGGCAGUCCUUCCAAGAGUUUGAAGGACAUCAAUAAUAUGAUAAAACAAGGUGAACAGAGGAGUAAGAAGCGAGCAAUAACAAUUGACAGCGACACUGAAUCUCCCAUGAAGAGACUCUGCCAGGAAAAUGAUGAUGUUCUGCUAAAACGUCUGCAGGAUGUUGUCAGUGAAAGAGCAAAUCACUAAAAAA